AUGGCCGCGCUCAUUACCGGGACAUCUGGGGGCGGCGCAUGCAGCCAGUCUCCUCGUGGGAGCACUGGGCCACCGAGUGGCCCCUCCUGUUUCUCCAAAGGACCUACAGCAACUCCAGGGGCGGCGGCAGCAGCAGCUGCUGCCGCCGUUACAGCUGGUGCUGCAGAGGAGGAUGCCGAAGGACCAGCAGCGGAUUGCAAUGGAACAAUGUCGAUUCCCUUAUCCACAGGUGCGGGCAGGAGCUCGCCUCCACAGGAGGAUCUGGGAUACACAAGGGCUCCGCUACUGCCUCCAUGCUUACACGGGGUAGCAGCAGCAGUGGUAGCGACAGGGGCCACAGGACCCUCAUCAAAAGCGACGGACACAGAAUCGGCGCCAGCAGCAGCAGUAACGACAGGAGCAGCAACAACAGCUGGCGGGAAGUCAUACAACUGGUUGGCAGCAUCCCCUACAGCAGCAAGCGGCUGGAGGUCGCCCCCCAUGUACUGCAGUACUGCUGUGUCCCCUUCUUCCCGCUGCGAGCAACUGUCUUGCUGUGGCUCUCCGGCCAGUAGAUGGGGUGAAUGCUGUUGUUUCUCAAGCCUCCAGUUGCAGCAGCUGAGGUACGCAGAACAGCCCAUGCGACAUCUCGCCGCAGCAGCAGCUGCCUCAGCAGCAGGUACCCCCGUAAGUGCUUUUGAAGAAGUGAAGGCCAUCCGGCAGCAAGGUGACGACUAUAGCAACAGCUGCUGCGGAAGCAGCAGCGGAGGAAAAGACGCAUCGCCAGCAGGCCAUCAGGAACAGGGGGCCGCGGUGAAUGCGGCCGGAGCUGCACCAGCUGAUGGUGUUGCUGCUCGAGCAGCAGUAGCAAUUCCUGCCGCUACAGCCCCACUCCCCGAGGAUAAACCAGCUGCUCGCCACACCUCUGCUGCAGUAGCCAGUAUUGAAGGGCAUCUCCCCAAGCGACAGUAUGCAUGGGCUUCUGAGGGGCUUGCUGCUGACACAUCAGAAACAGCUGAAGCAGAGGCUGUAACAGAGAUUACAGCAGAUACUACUGCAUCAAGUGCUGUUUCUUCAAGAAGUGCAGAGAGAGCGGCAGAAAUUACUCCCAUGGCUGCAACAGAAUCCGCGAACACUAACGCAAGAGCAAUAUCAAUUACGACAGGUGCAGCAGCAAGCGUUGCAACAGAAGCAGCAAUCGCCGCCGCAGCAGCGGGCCCUUCACCACGAGCAUCAGCUGCGCCAAGAGCAGUAGCUACGGAAGAAGCAGCCACUGUAGCAGAGGCAGCACCUGCAGCAGAAGAGGUGGCUGGUGCUGCUGCAGCAUCGUCCGCGGCGCACUGGAGCCGUUCGCCGCAGCAACCCGUGGCAGGGGAUAAUGCAGGGCGGAUUGCAUCACCAGCAGGAGCAGCAGCAACAACAACAACGGAUGAAGGAGCAACGGCAAGUGCAACCACGACGCCAGAAGGGGCGGCAGAAGAAGACGCAGACGGCUGGAUUGCGGUGAAGCCCCGACGACAGCGCCGCUGGGUUGACUGGCCCAUCUCCGACGAUGAAGACAGCAGCGUGCGCCGAUUCCCUCGGAGGCCCUACCACGUGACCCCUGUUGGUAUACAGCGACAGUCGCAGCGCCCUGGGGGCCCUCCCGCUGCCAGGAGGCCCUGCAGCUAUGUAGACAGAGGUCCUGCAGCAGCAGGAGCAGGCACCAGGCAGUACCGACACCCCAACCUUGCAUGCCUCUUCAGCGCUGCUGUUACCGCUGGGCUGGUCACUCCAAAGAGGGACAUUCAAGUUUUGCCCAGCGAGCAGCAGCAACCCCAGCAGCAGCAGGAAGCCAUUCUGGAAGACGACAGGGACUUCCAGCGACCGAUAGGGGCCACUUGGCCCCCCCAAAGUUGCGGAUGGCAUCUGUGGCAUGACCCCAUAGGGAACGAGGGGACCAGCAGCAGUAAAGGCACCAGCAGCAGCACCAGAGGACGGCUGCAGGAGGACUACCAGAGGGGCCUUGUGCAGAUCGGGCGUGUGGGGUCGGCACGGGGUGUCGUAGAAUUGUGGAAUUUGCUGUCAACUCGGGCUCUGGCGCCUCCAGUGAACAUAGCGGCUUGUGUGGGAGGCUGCCUGCCUCUGUGGGAGGACCCUGUGAAUAGGGGUGGGGGCCACUUCGUCAUUAGAAACCUUGCCGGAAAAUCUCAAGCAGUGAAGCAGCAGCGCAACAGACGUCCCUUGAAGGCCCUGUUGUCCACCCUUACAGGAAUAGUGCUCUGUCUCCGCAACAACGACAAGAGCCACAAGGUGGAGGUGUGGGUGAGUUCGACGGCUUGCCAGACGCUGCGGCAGCAGGAGUCGCAGCUGCGGGAAUUCCUGAGCUCUGCGGCAGUUGGGCUGCACCGUCUGGACUAUGCUUUUUUAUCGCACGAGGCUUGCUUAACGAAGCAUCACCGGAAGCUGCGCCUUAAACCGCAAAGACGGGAACCGGAGGCGUUGCCAGCAACUGGUGGGGAGACGGAUUCUCCACAGCUGCAGAAGCAAGGGCAACAGCAACAAGAGCAGCAGGAGGAGCACCCGCAGCAGCAGGUUCUUCCCGCAGGUGCCGCAGAGGCCAACGCAGCAGCGGCGCGGGGGGCAUGCACAGGCCCAACCUGCGACCUCCAACCGCAUACCGAAGGGGCGUCGUGUGCGUUUGAGAGUGUGAGCACUGACACGGGAAGCUCCCGCCGCAGCAGCAGCAACAAGGGGGAAUUUUGCCGCAGCAGCAGCAGCAGCAGCGGCAGCAGCAGCCUCGCAAGUCUUUGCUGUGAGACAGGCUCGCAUGCAAGCUACAAGAGCGUCAUCCUCAGAGGCAGCCACACAGGGAGGCAGGUACAGCGGUGCGGUGUCUCACCAGCUACCACGGUUCCCGAGUUUCCCAUUAGCACCAACAACAGCGGCAACAACAGCAGCGCAGGGGCGAAUGUGGUAGAGGAUGAGAAAGGGGCGGGGCGCAAAGACAGCGCGGACACUUUGCCCCAACCGAAUAGACAGCAGGGACGGCUGCAACAGCAGGUGUUGGUGUCGCAGCGAGAUCGAGCUGCAAACAGCAACAGCAGCAACAACAGCACCAAGCUGUCAGCUUCGUGUGGAGGGGUUUUGAAUGUUGCUGCAGGGAAGUUGGCGGGUGCCUCCGCUGCCAGCGGGAGAGAGACAGCGUAUGUCUCGGAGGGUGCAGCAGCAGCAGGCGUCGCAGCAGGUGCAGCUCCAGUAGGAGGCUCAGCUGCAGGUGCAGCAGGUGCAACAUCAGGUAGUCGGGUGUCUCGUGGUGGUGGUGCAGUGGGCAAGAAGCUAGGGAGGCAGAAAAACCCAAGGAGACAGUACGGGGCGUGUGUGGGUAGCGAGAGCCUCCGGCCUGAGCAGCAACUGCUGCAGCAUCUUUAUUCUUUUAAUGCCAGCGACAUCCCCGAUUACUUCUCAAUGCAGCAGGCAGCAUAUCAAGGCCGUGCUGCGGUUUAUCAGAGCUACGCUGCAUGUGCGUCUGCUGCCGUCACCGCCGAACAGGCUGCUAUUGUUCAGCAGCAGCAACAGCAACAAGCGGGAAUCACGUGGGACUUCCCUCCUCUGUCCUCUUCCGCAGCUUCUCCUGCGGCUGCCGCGGCUGCUGCUGCUGCUUCUUCGGGUAACGGCAGUACUCAAGGCCAAAUACAACAUGAAAGGCAGAAGAAGAUGGAGGAAAAGGGCGCAACGGGCGCCAUAGAAAAUGCCAGCAACAGCGGCACGCAGCAGGCCAAGCAGUUUGCUUUUAAUCCAUACGCUCCAGGAUUUGUCAUGCCCGCCCGUCCCCUUUCGACUUCUCCAAUGGUGGCAGAAACAGCAGCGGCAGCAGCGGCUGCUGCGGCUGCUGCUGUUGAUGGCGUGGAGGAUGUCAGUGAGUGUUGCACUGCAGCAGCUGCUGAAGUGUCCAGGAACUUGCUGCUGCAGCCUGCCGCCGUAGCGGACGCGAGCACCGUCUCCUCUGUUGCAGCUUCACUCGUGAGUGAGUGUGAUUCUGCUAGUGGUGGUGGUACUCCGACAGAGGCAGAAGCAGCAGCAGCAGCAGCAGCAGCUGCUGCUGCUGCUGCAGGCUACGUAGGGGGGUUGCUUGACGCAGACUUUGUGGACCCGCAGGACCCCUCUUCUCUGCUUCUGAUAACUCUGAUGCUGCAUCCCGCCUUAGAUGAGGGAAACCCGCUGCAGGUGCCGCUGCUGCCGUUCGCGAGGUUCGAUGGGCAGGCUACUGCUGUGGAGACGCCGGCAGGCGAGACACAGGAGACGCAGCAGCCACAGCAGCUGCAGGAACAGCGGGACGGGGAGGGCGGCGGCAUAACCCCAUCGCAAAUCAGCCUCACCUUGGACUACGAGGAAGUCACUCAAACACUUUCAGUAGACAUUCGGCAGGACUAA